UUAGGGGUAUAAGAACACGUUGGAACCUUCUUUGAAAGGCCAAGAAGACUAUUGCUAUUCACUAGGCAUUUACCAUUUAUAGUUUUAUACCCGAGAAACAUUGGAGUGACUUACAAUUUCAUCUCACGGAUUUGGCAACAAGGCUGAAAGGCUCAAACCCCGUUGGCCGGAGGAAUGAGCAAAAAGGUGACAGAGAUUGAUCCGGAGGAAUUCGCCAAGAAGAUUGAUUGGGGCGACGAGGAUGGCGAUGUGGGGCGACCCGGAACUCCCAAAUGGGCCUCCCAUCAUUGGCUUUCAUUUUCGGAGAAAUCAAGGUUAUGGUAGCUGUUAAUCAUUCAGAACCCGGUUCUUUUCCCAACUUAUUUCUGGAGUACUUUGAUGUUCUGAAUGAUCUUCAAAAGAGGUGCUCUCCAAUGGAAAUCUCUUAUUCAGACCAAAAUUUAUGCUGCCAAGGCAGCAGAGUUCAUGGCGGGCACUCUUUCUUGUCGCCGUCAACUGGGCCCUCUUGUCAGAUUGGUAGCCGGGUUUGAGCUGAUUUCAUUUUCAAAUGUGAGGCUGGAGAAGGAGUUUAACUUUUGCUUCCUUUCUGCCCCUAAUGUCGUAGGACAAGAGGUGAGUUUUAUCCUUAAACAUUUCGCUCAAAUCCCAAUUUUCUACAUGAAUUUCGGAUUUUAAAUUUGUUUCUGGAAAUCUAUAGGUUCAGAUUUUUUUGAAUUCUCGGGAUAGAAUUAAGUGAGUCUUCCAUUUCCUAUGCAUUUCUAACCAAGUUGUUUAAUUUGCUGUUACACAUGAAUGAUUUGCAGCUUUUCUGAGUGCCCUAUUGUUAGAAAUAGACCAGAUUCUAUAUCGCUUUUGGCUUCACCUUGAUUAAACAUCCUCAGCUUUUAUCACCAGCUGCAUCAGCAUUGCCAAUUUACAAAGACAAAGAUUUUAUUCUAUUUUUUCUUAUUUUUGUGGUUGACUACAGCAACUUUAGAUAUGGUGUUAAUUACUUUGUCUAGUAUGGCUGACAUCCCUCAUUUCAUUAUCAUUAGAUUCAGUUGCUCUUUCCUUUGUUGCAUACAAUGCAGUAACUCUUUGCCCUUUCCUAAGUUUGUAACUUUAUCUUCCCAUUUAACUUUUUUCCGUUUCUUAGAACUCGCUGUAUAUAUGUUGUGUUCUAAUUAUUUUCGCGACAUAAUAUAAUCUCCAUUCAUUCGAUAAUGUCUGCUUUAUGAAGUUGGUUGAUGGCUUUUUUGGAAUAUGUUUAUUUAUGCAAGGUGACAUGAAGCUUUUAACUGUUUGCAUCAUCUCAUCAGAACAAUGAACAAAAAACCAGCUAGACACUGUUGUGAUAAUGACCAACGCCAGAAGGAUAUGGUGAUACUACUAGUGUUUUAAUCAAUUUGUUUGCAUGCAUUUUGCAUGAUAUCCCAUUUCUAAUUAGCUAUACCAGAGAAAUGGAGCUUUGAGUUGCUUGGUUAGUUGAGACUGGAUUUUAGUCAUAAUUAUAGAUGGCUGUUUUCAUGGGAAGCAAGAGUUUUGGCUAAUUUGCAUCCACUAAAUUUUAUAAUGUUGGCACGGAUAUAUUUUCAGAUACCACCAUGGUAUCAAAUAUUGGCUUAGGAUAUAAUUGCCUGACCUCUUGUUUGUUAGUUUGUAAGCUAAUGAGAAUAGAUAGACUCAAGCAAGAGAAGCACAUAGUUUUGCUUUUCGAACACUCAUGUACUGGAGAUCUAUUAUCUGAUUAGUGAAAUCACUUUUGGUUAAAAAAAAAAAGACAUCCUCUAUAUAUGCUUACCGGGGAUAUGUUUUUAAUUCAUGGUUGUAACCUCUGUUUACGGCGUCUUCAGAUUGAUUUAAAAAAACAAACUUCUUUUUAUUGUUGUGACAUUGGAUAUGUCCUUGUGUGAGCUUACUUUAGGAAGAGAAAAUAGAGGCAUGAAAUGUAUUGGUCAUCAAUAUGUAGUAAAGUGAUGCAUGUGUUGGAAGGAAAGCCACAUGUAAAAAAACUCAUCUAGGGAAGAGUACCAUGUAAAUUUGAAAGAAAGAGAUCUCCGAGGAAAAACCAUUCUACUGAAUGGACUUCCAUUACAGCUAGAAGAUACAGGAUUCAUCUGAGAUCUUUACCCGGCAUUUGUUAGGAAUCUUGUCCUAUGUGCAUUGACCUCUCGUCUAUCAAAUUCACAGAUGGAACGAAUUUUAAUUCUCUGGGAUGUUAGCUGAAACUUGCUUUCCCCAAAAUACGUCUCAUAAUUUGCAGGUGCAGGUUUGCCAUAUUUUUCUGCUCGCCAAAUCAUUUCUUGAGAUGUAUUUAUAAUAGUGGAGAUCUUGUACUAAUGCCAUGAUAUAGCAAUAACUGUAUGAUGAGGCCAACAAAGAAAUAUAGUGAUGUCUAUUUAUGGAAAAUGUUUAUUUUGAGAAAGUCAAAACUCCUUUUGUGGGGGUCCCUUCUGUUAUCUGAUUUCUGAUGAAAGAUUGAGAUCUAAUUUUCAUGAUGCACUUUUUUCUUUCUUUUUUGUUUUCUGCCUUCCUCUGUUUCACUCCAAAGUGAAAAUAGUGAUCCAUGCAGUGAUUGAUUUUGCAGUUUCCAUAAUGAUGAACCAUGUGUGUGCAGUCUCCAUUAGUGUCACGUGAAAACAAGAGGAGAAACAAGUCGAGUACAAAUAGGUUGAAAAAUUGCUUUUACCUCUUUUUUAUGUGAAACAUGUUCAUGUGUUUGAGCUUGCCUUUUAUUUUGCUGCUAAAGCCCAUAUUCAGACCCCUUUGCCUUAAGUCUUGAAUUGCCCCCUCUUGAGCCACAAUCUCUCAUCCAAGGUGGUGCCGCCACAGGCUGCUAUCAAACAUGACAGAUGAUGAUGCAUCACUGCCUAUUCUUGUAUGUGUGAGGAAGCCUCCAAAGGUGAAUUCGAUGGGAUGCUUGUCCUCCGAUGCCGAGCUCAGGGAUCCUUUUGUAUAUUCCUUGCCUAUAUUUGAAUUGCAGUUAGUCAUCAUCUUUAUUCUCACCCGUCUAUUUCAUUUUCCUCUAAAGCGACUUGGAUUUCCAAAGAUAGUCUCUGAAAUAUCUGCUGGUCUAAUACUUGGAUCAACAGCGCUGGGGAGAAGAGAGGGUUAUCAGAAGUUUUUGUUUCCCGCUGCAACUCAAGACACCCUAGGUGCAUUCUGUGCUUUUGGAUACUUGCUUUUCGAAUUCCUGAGUGGAGUCAAAAUGAACACUGGAAUGAUGAGAAAAACAGGAUCGAAAGCGCUGGCAAUUGGGAUUAUAAAUCUAGUAGUUCCCUUAGCAGUUGGUUGGUUUACUCUGAAAUCAUUGUCAAUUUAUCCACCGAAGAAGGGGAGUGAUGUCACACCAAGUCUGCAGAAUAAUGUCAGCGUUUUAAAAGCCAGCUCUAUGACUGCAUUCCCAGUUGUUGCUCUCCUCCUCAAAGACCUCAAAAUCCUCAACUCAGAGCUUGGUCGAUUAGCUUUGUCGUGUGCUCUAAUAACACACAUGCUUCAACUUAUUUAUAACUCAACCAGCUUAUUACAUCGGAUAUAUCUCAGUGAUCAUGGCCGUGCAGUUUCUGAUGUAAUGGUUUGUAUCAGUUUCAUCCUCCUUGUGAUUUUCCUACUCCGGCCAGCCUUCAUUUGGGUGGUAAAACAGACGCCGGAGGGGAGGCCAGUCAAGGACUUGUACUUAUUCUUGACUAUUCUUCUUGCCCUUGUUUCUGCGGUGAUCUCUUAUUGGUUUGAGCUAGCAGUGCUAUUCGGACCCUUUAUUAUAGGAUUGGCCGUACCUGAAGGGCCGCCGUUGGGGUCUGCUUUGGUUGACAAGCUGGAUGCACUCUCUUCUGGUGUGAUUUUGCCUACAUUCAUCUCUCUGGUAGCCCUCAGGGCAGAUCUAUCACAGCUCAGCUACUAUGUCCCUCAUAUUGCCCUCAUUGUGGCCACGUUCUCAUCAAAAGUAAUAUCAUGUUGCUUUGUUGGAUUGUACUGCAAAAUGCCCUUAAAUGAUGCAGUAGCACUAGGUCUCAUCCUGAGUAUAAAAGGAGUGGUGGAUUUGGGAGCCUACAGCUUUCUUAGAGAUGCAAAUAUGAUCGAUCAGUCAACCUUCACUUUGUUAGUGGUUUACACCGCAAUUGUUGCCACUUUGGUGCCUUCUAUGGUUCAGUUGCUCUAUGAUCCUAACAGGAAAUAUGCAGGAUACCAGAAAAGGAGCAUAAUGCAUUCGAAGAUUGGUGGCAAGUUACCGGUACUUGCAUGCAUCCAUUCCUCCGACAAUAUUACAGCCAUCAUUGGGCUACUUGAUGCCUACACUCCCUCUUUAGAGAAUCCCAUAACUGUCAAUGCCCUGCACUUGAUUGAACUGCGCGGUCGUGCUUCACCAAUCUUCAUAUCCCAUCAACUUCAGAAGAAACCACAUUCCAGAGAUGAUUCCUACUCGGAGAAUGUCAUCUUUGCUUUUAAGCAAUUUGAAAGGAACAACAGGGGGUCUGUAUCUCUCCAAGUCUUCACAGCCAUUUCUCCGCGGAAGCUAAUGCAUGAGGAUAUAUCCACCCUCGCUCUUAACGUUCUUGCCUCCAUAAUUGUACUACCAUUCCACCGAAGAUGGGCUAUUGAUCGAUCAGUUGAAUCUGAAGAUAUCAGUUUGAGGAUGUUGAAUCGUAGUGUUCUGGAGAGGGCUCCUUGUUCAGUUGGAAUCCUGGUUGACAGAGGUCAUGUUGGACCUUCUACCUCAAUGAUGUCAUCAGGGAAAAAAUACUCCAUAUCUGCCAUCUUUCUUGGUGGAAAUGAUUGUCAAGAAGUGCUAGCACUUGCAAAGCGCAUGACCAAACACAGGAAUAUAAGCCUAACAGUUAUGAGAUUUAUAUCUACUAAGACUAAACGCCAAAAUUUUGAGGCUGAAAUGGAGGACAUCAAGGCAUUGCAUGAUUUCAAGCAAAGCAGGUGGAUUGGACAAGGAAAUAAUGUCGCUUACAUGGAAAGAGUGUUGAAAGAUUCUUCAGAAUUCGCGUGGACACUCCGAUCCUUGGCCGAUGAAUAUGACCUUAUUCUAGUAGGAAGAUGUUACAAAGUGAAGUCAUCAUUAACCUCAGGUUUUGAGGAAUGGUGUGAUGUUCCGGAGUUAGGUGCCAUUGGUGAGUUCUUGGCCUCGAGAGAUCUUCAAUGUCGAGCUUCUGUGUUUAUUGUACAACAGCAAAAAAUUACUCAUUAGCAGAUCCCCUCACCCCCCGUUAUGGGGUUAUUUUUGUUCAUUUCUCUUUUCAUGUAUCAUAUGUUUUGGAUGUGGAAACAAAAUAAAGUGUUCACUAAAGACGAAACUAAUUCAAGGGCUCCACAAUCCACCAGUUAAGAAGAGGCUUAAUCAAUUGGUUUGAAAAUUGUAUAAGUAAAUGGUGAUCCUCUAUGUUAUGAUCUGAAUGAGGCUUCUAACCAACCCAUUCCAUUCAACCAGUUGCUUGAAUGGGUAAUUAGUUUGGGGCAUUACUCAGUUACCAUUUCACUUUACAAAAAUAUGUGCAUCCGGCGCAUCCAAGUUACCGACUUCACUAUCAAUAUGAUCAUUAGUGUUUAACCCUUGGUACUCUAGAAGACCUUGUUUCCCGUGUUUCAAUGCUAGACAA